CUUAGAGAUUUUUUUUUUCUCUUGUUCCUGAGAUAUUGGAUUGUAAGGUUAUGGUUGAAUGCUAGUGCACUUGCCUUAUCUCCUAAAACUUGCUUCUUUUUAUCAAUUCAAACCAAGCAAGAGCGGCAAACAAAAUAAACAAUGGCUACUUCUACUUCACCAAAGUACUUCUCAACAUCUAUUCCCAAAAAUAAUAACUACCCUUCUUUGCAUACUAAACUUGGUUUUUCAUUCUCUGUUCCAUUCAAUAAAUCUACACUUGUGAAAUCCAUUGGCACUGCAAAAUAUGAUGAAGUUGUGGUGGUUGAUGAAGAAAUGGACAAGAUACGGCGGCUUCAGAACGGUUCAGAUGUUAGAGGAGUGGCAUUGGAAGGUGAGAAAGGAAGAAAAGUUGAUCUUACUCCACCAGCUGUGGAGGCAAUAGCAGAGAGUUUUGGGGAGUGGGUUGUGAAUGGUUUGGAGAAGGAAACAGGGAACCCUGUGGAGAAUGUGAGAGUUUCUCUUGGACGUGACCCUCGAAUUACAGGGCCCAAGUUGAAGGGUGCUGUGUUUGCUGGUCUUGCUCGUGCUGGUUGCUUGGUGUUUGAUAUGGGACUUGCUACCACACCAGCUUGUUUCAUGAGCACAAUGUUGCCUCCGUUUGUCUAUGAUGCUUCUAUCAUGAUGACAGCAUCUCACUUGCCAUAUACUCGAAAUGGUCUGAAAUUUUUUACCAAGAGAGGGGGACUGACAUCGCCAGAAGUGGAGGAAAUAUGUGACAGAGCAGCUCGUAAGUAUGGAAAUAGGAUGGCAAAAGUGUCUACAUUGCUUAAAAUUCUUCCAAAAAAAGUUGAUUUAAUGAGUGCUUAUGCAAAGCACCUAAGAGAAAUCAUCAAGGAGAGAAUCAAUCAUCCUCUGCAUUAUGAUACUCCACUCCAGGGAUUUCAGAUAAUAGUGAAUGCUGGAAACGGCUCAGGGGGAUUCUUUGCAUUGGAUGUCUUAGACAAGCUUGGAGCAGAUACCUUUGGUUCUCUGCAUCUCAACCCUGAUGGGAUGUUCCCUAAUCACAUUCCCAACCCUGAAGACAAAAUCGCCAUGGCUAUGACCAGAGCAUCAGUGUUAAAUAACUCAGCUGAUCUUGGAAUAGUUUUGGACACAGAUGUGGACAGAAGUGGUGUGGUUGAUAACAAAGGGAACCCCAUAAAUGGUGACAAGCUCAUUGCUCUCAUGUCUGCCAUUGUGUUGAGGGAAUAUCCAGGAUCAACUAUAGUAACUGAUGCUCGUACAAGCAUGGCUCUCAGUAGAUUUAUAACUGAAAAAGGGGGUCACCAUUGCUUGUACCGUGUUGGUUACAGGAAUGUUAUUGAUAAGGGAGUUCAGCUUAACAAGGAUGGAAUUGAGACCCAACUUAUGAUGGAAACUUCUGGUCAUGGUGCUCUCAGGGAAAAUUAUUUCCUUGAUGAUGGGGCCUACAUGGUGGUGAAAAUUAUAAUUGAAAUGGUAAGAAUGAAGCUUGCGGGAUCAAAUGAAGGAAUUGGCAGUCUUAUACAAGAUCUUGAAGAACCAUCUGAAUCAGUAGAACUAAGGAUAAAUAUCAUCUCUGAAGCUCGACAUGCUAAAGCAAAAGGGUCGGAGGCCAUUGAAACAUUUCGCAACUACAUCAUGGAAGGGAGGCUUAAAGGGUGGGAAUUAGACGCAUGUGGUGAUUGUUGGGUGAGUGAAGGGUGCCUUGUGGAUACAAAUGACACUCCAGCUCCCAUUGAUGCAGACAUGUACAGGGCAAAAGUGUCAAAUGAUGAGCAUGGAGAACACGGUUGGGUACACAUGAGGCAGAGUAUUCACAACCCGAACAUUGCUAUUAACCUGCAGUCAUCUGUUCAUGGAGGUUGCCUGUCUAUGGCAAGAGAUUUAAGAGAUGAUUUCCUCAGAGCAAGUGGAGUUGAUACAUUCCUUGACAUUACUCAAGUUGAUCAAUUUGUUGAAAAUGGCCACAUAGCCUGAUUGGCAAUUAUUUGUUGUACAUACUAGGAGCCUUGAUGUUCUGAUCACAGAUCAAGAUUCUGUAGCAUUUCAAUGUGAUCUAUAUGUACAUUGAAUUACUGAACUAUAUAAAAUGAAGAAAAUGGAAGUACACAACUGCAAUUAUGUACAUAUAA